AUGAAUACUAUUCGAUCUUUCUGGCUAGGAUGGGGCUCCCUCUGCGUUGCUGGUGGUGGUGCAUACUACUUUGCCAAGCAACAGAUCAAUGCCGACCGCGCCCAGCGACUUGAGGACUCGCGAAGAAAGAGACACAUGAUUGACUCUCUCGAGCACUCGCAAAACGUACCCAGCCACCCCGGAUCCUCUUCCACCAUGGGCUCUUCUCCUGCAACGACCAACGGUACAUCGCCGCGAACCGACCCGUCCGGCUCCCCGAGUCAAGAGGCAGGCACCGAUCCAGCGCCUACGCGACAUGCCCCAGCUACUGAAGGACAAAGAGUGUUUGAGAAGAGUAAAUACGAGAGUACUACGCCUUUCAAAAGUCAGAAGGGGGAUCGAUUUUCGUAA